GUUUGCUUGCGACAUAAUCUGUGCCAGCGACAACGUCAAAUCCCAGUCCUGUGUCACCGGAUAGGGUUUCCACAAGGUCUGCGACGAUCUGAGAUUAAGAUCUAUCACUGAAUCUAGCACAAGCUUAGGGAAGCUCUCGUCAUUGUGGUCAUAUGUGCCUAGAUGUAGUACUCAGAUGAUUUAUGCCUAACCAAGGAUCUUGCGAUUCCAUAUAACAUGUCAUAGAAAUCCGCCCGCUGAGCUGCCGACGUGGCGAGUCCGGUUGCGGAUGGUGGCAUUUAACCGCACCAAAGUUUUGAAGGUCAUCGUGCUGGUGUUUCUCAGCGUGGCUAUCUAUAACUUCCUUGAACUCAACGUCCAGAUAUUCACCACUUUUAAGCGACGCAAAGGCCUCUAUUUCUGGAGUUUUACUGUCGCAACAUGGGGCAUUCUCUUCAAUUCGAUCGGAUAUCUCCUCAAGCAUCUUGAGGUGACACAAGAAGGCAAUAUCUACGCAACCAUCAUCUUGAUCGGAUGGUGCUCAAUGAUCUCUGGUCAAUCCGUCGUUCUGUAUUCACGAUUGCACAUCGUGAUGCACAAUGCGAAACGAUUGCGGGCCGUGUUGAUCAUGAUCGUUACCAAUGCUAUAUGGCUCCACAUACCGAUCAUCAUCUUGGUCUAUGGUGCCAAUUCGGAUAACCCCGGUCCUUUCGAAGGGCCAUAUUCCGUAUAUGAGAAGAUACAGUUGACUGUAUUUGUUGCUCAAGAGCUCAUAAUCUCCGGUUUCUACGUGACUGUGCUCUACCACCUAAUAUAUGUCAACGUCUUGGUCAUGCUUCUAGACUUCAGCAUCAUUGGCCUCGAGUUUGCAAACCUAUACGAAAUCCAGACCGCUUGGAAACCCCUCGUUUACAGCAUCAAACUUAAGCUUGAGUUCAGCAUCCUCAACCGCCUCGUCGAACUCACCAGGAGCGCCCGAAAUGGGAACUCUCACUCGUAUAGCAAUGCAACCACAUCUGGUGCUGUAGCACUUGGGACUAUCAAAUGCAACGAUACAUAUCAAGAACGGUCGGUCGCGCGGGGUGCAGAUCAGAGAUGCAAUUGGGAGGUACACGUGGGAGGUGGAAAGGAGGCUGGCACUACGAUUCCUGCAAGGGUGGUCAAGACCACUGAAGUCAAGAUACAGAGUCACUCUCGUAGGAGAAGUGACGCGAGUCUGACCGAGAGUAAGACGGAAAUGUUGCAUGAAGCAGCCGCACAAGAUGGAAACGACAUAGAAAGAGAUGCCUCUUCGUUAGUAUCAUUGGAUGUCACUUACAGAAAGUACGCGAAUCCGGUAUGGCAAUGACCUAAGCAAAUCCACAUUUACAAUCAUUAUCCUCCUACAAUAGAUAGAAGUAUAAUUUAUAAAAACACUAGCAUAUUUGUAUUAAUAGAAUACUAAGCUUAUGCUGUAACGCCGUAGUACUGAGCUACCAAGCCAGGCAAGCUAAAAAGGUAUCACGACUUACACAAUAGUAAGUCCUCACUUAGCACAAUUUAUAUUACUAGGAUCCUAAGUUAUAUAAGAU